GGGCACGCACCGCGCGCGCACUCUCUCCAAACAAUGCUCGGCGGCGCCCGGCGGGGCGGCUGGCGGCUCGGAGAGCAGCAGCGAGGCCGGGGGAGCGCGGCCCCGAGGAUGCUGCCCCGUGAGCCCCAUCUGCCUCCCCCGAGACCACGCCAGGCAGCCGGUCGCAAGAUGAACCAGCCCCCCGUCCGCUGCUCAGGAUGCUCCAGACCAUCCCACUGAACCCCGAGGGCCCGAAAAUGUCUGCGUGCAGCGACUUUGUGGAGCACAUCUGGAAGCCCGGGUCCUGCAAAAACUGCUUCUGCCUGCGCAGCGACCACCAGCUGGCGCCCGGCCGCCCCCAGCCCCGAACCGGCAGCCUGCCCCCUCCACCUCGCCUGCCCCCCAGGCCGGAGAGUGGCCGCCCGGAAGAUGACGGCCUGAGCAGCUCGCCCUACUCCAAGCCCACCAUUGCCGUAAAGCCCACCAUGAUAAGCUCUGAGGCCUCUGAUGGGUGGACUGAGGCUGGCAUGAGUGCUGACGUCACGCAGGUCAUCUGGAGACGAGCCCCCAGCAAGCUCCCCCUCCCGAAGCAGGAAGACGUGCCAGUCGUUUACCUGGGCAGCUUCCGGGGCGUCCAGAAGCCUGCUGGGCCCUCGGCCCCCACAGACGGCCACCCUCGCUGCCCCCCAGCCUAUGCCAUGGUCGGCGUGCGCAGCCUGGAGCCCCGGGGGGAACGGAGUGCCGCCUUCCACCCGGUGAGCUUCCCGGAGGAGAAGCUCGGACGAGAAAAACGCACGAUUCCCCACCAAGAGCUGACCUCCCCUCAGGAGAGCUUCCACCAGAAACUGGCCGCCUUUGCCGGGAUGCCGUCGGGCUGCCACAAGGGCCCCGGGCCCUGCCCCUCCGCACAGCCCCUGCGGGAGUCCCUGCCCUCGGAGGAUGACAGCGAUCAAAGGUGCUCGCCCUCGGGCGACAGCGAAGGGGGAGAAUAUUGCUCCAUCCUGGACUGUCGCCCCGGGAGCCCGGAUGCCGCGGACGCCGCCGCGCAGGCCGAGGGCUCCCGUCGCAGACCGGGCGGCGGGGACUGCUCGCCGGCGCGCUGGGAGCAGGGGGUGUGUGCGAGGCCAGCCGAGGAGGAGAAGCGGGCUUUGAGCGUCCCCAGGGAGGGCUGCAGCCAGGGCCCGGCCCAGAACCCGCCCCGCCUGGGCCCCAAGGAGCAGUCCCUCGCCUCCGAGGCUGCCAGCUCCUCGGAUGGCCUCUCGUGCGGGAGCGCCAGCAGCCGCGCCAGCAGCCCCGCGGUGCCCCCUCCUGAGAGCGAUUACUGCUCCCUCGUGAAGGAACCCGCGCCCGGGAAGCAGCAGGACCUUGGCGGCCACGGGGGCUUCUCCAGCAGGUGCCUCAUGCUGACGGGGGAGCUCCAGCCCCCAGCCCGUUCCAGGCAGGCUGCACAGCCUGAACCCAUCUAUGCUGAGAGCACCAAGAGGAAGAAGGCUCAUCCAGUGCCUUCCAGGCCACCGGCCAAGGCAGAACAGGCGGCAGCGGCCCAGAGCCAGGGCCAGGUGCGGACGCCGAACACCUGGGCUCAGAAAACAGCGUCUGGCUGGGGCCAGGACAGGGAAGGCCCGGAGGUGGCCCCCCAGGUGGCGGCCACCAUCACAGUCAUGGCGGCCCACCCAGAAGAGGACCACCGGACCAUCUACCUGAGCAGCCCUGACUCCUCGGUGGGGGUGCAGUGGCCACGCGGGCCCCUGAGCCAGGCCUCCGAGGCCGGGGAAGGGGAGCCUUCAGCUGGGCAGGGUCUCAGCUCCAGGGAGAGCCACCAUCACGGUGCCAGUGAGAACACACCCAAGGGGAGGCCUGCCAUCCCCCCUAAGCUGUCCAAGAGCAGCCCCGGAGGGUCCCCGGUGUCCCUCUCGGCCUCCCCACUGUCCGACCUCAACGAAGGGAACUCAGGAGUCACUGGGCCCCAGCCUCCAUCCAAGGGCCCCGUUGACCCCGCGUCUUUCUGCCGGGCCAAUGGUGUCCUCACCAGUGACUCUGCCAGAGGCCCCGCGCCUGCCGCUACCACAUCAGCCUUGGACCAGAGGCGACCCCGGUACCAGACUGGGGCCUGGAGCCGCCAGUGCCGGAUAGAGGAAGAGGACGAGGUUGAGCAGGACUUGCUGAGUCAAAGCUGGGGGAGAGAGGUGGAAAAUGGCCCCACGGACCCGUCCAACUCCUCCACCUGGCACCGCCUCCACCCCACAGACAGCUCCUCUGGGCAGAACAGCAAAGCCGGGACCGGAAUAAGCAAAUCGGCCUCGUUUGCCUUUGAGUUUCCCAAGGACAGAAGUGGGAUUGAGGCAUUCUCGCCUCCCCCGCCGCCUCCAAAGUCGCGGCACCUUUUAAAAAUGAACAAGAGCAGCUCUGAUUUGGAGAAAGUGAGCCAGGGCUCCGCCGAGAGCCUCAGCCCGUCCUUCAGAGGCGUCCACGUCAGCUUCACCACGGGCUCCACGGACAGCCUGGCCUCCGACUCCAGGACCUGCAGCGACGGAGGUCCUUCGUCUGAGCCGGCUCACUCGCCCACCAACAGUGGGAAGAAGCUCUUCGCCCCCGUUCCCUUCCCUUCGGGCUCCACUGAGGAUGUGUCCCCUGGCGGCCCCCUGCAGCCCCCGCCCCUCCCCCUGAAGAAGCUUGUAAGCCGGGCGGCCUCUUCUCCGGAUGGCUUCUUCUGGGGCCAAGGCUCCCCCAAGCCAAGAACAGCAAGUCCCAAGCUGAGCCUCAGCCACUCGGAAACCAACGUCUGCGUCCAUGAGGAGGCCCACUUCAGCUACUCCUCAGGCCCCAGUGGCCGCCACCAUCACAUCUUCUCUGCUUCCGAGCCUCUGGAGAAAACAUUCAAGGGCAAUGGCCACUUGGGCUCCGCGCCAGGGCUGGCGGGCAGCAAAAGCCUGCAGGGCAGAGGGGCCUCCUCGGCCUCGGCCUCCCAGCGGAGCGUGUGGAGCCAGGCCUCCGCGGGCAGCAGCCAGCUGCAGCUCCACAGCCUCCUGAGCAGCAUCAGCAGCAAGGAAGGCACCUACGCCAAGCUGGGAGGGCUCUACGCCCAGUCCCUGGUCCGCCUCGUGGCCAAGUGUGAGGACCUCUUCAUGGGCGGCCAGAAGAAGGAGCUGCACUUCAGCGAGAAUAACUGGUCCCUGUUCAAGCUGACCUGUAACAAGCCCUGCUGUGACUCGGGGGAUGCCAUUUAUUACUGUGCCACCUGCUCCGAGGACCCCGGCAGCACCUACGCUGUGAAAAUCUGCAAAACCCCUGAGCCCAAAGCAGCUUCCUACUGCAACCCUUCUGUGCCCGUGCACUUCAACAUCCAGCAGGACUGCGGCCACUUUGUUGCCUCGGUGCCCUCCAGCAUGCUCACCUCUCCCGAUGCACCUAAGGACCCUCUGUCUGCCCUGCCUUCCCAUCCCCCCGCCCAGGAGCAAGACUGCGUGGUGGUCAUCACUCGAGAGGUACCCCACCAGACUGCCUCAGACUUUGUGCGGGACUCAGCCACCAGCCAUCAGUCUGAGGCCGAGGUGUACGAGCGGCGUGUGUGCUUCCUGCUCCUGCAGCUCUGCAACGGGCUGGAGCAUCUGAAGGAGCACGGGAUCAUCCACCGGGACCUGUGCCUGGAGAACCUGCUGCUGGUGCAUUGUGCCCCCCAGGCCUGCCCCGGCUCCUCCCCCGCUCCUCCUGCCUCCUCUGCCACCUCCUGCGCCCCUCCCACCACCAUGUCCCUGGCGUCUGCUGCUACCCCCUCCUCUUGCCCCUCUGCCACCCUCCCAGCCAGCGUCACCCCCACCCCUCCGGCUGCCCCCGCCUGUCAGGGAGGACCCCGUGAGAAGCACUUGCCCCGACUCAUCAUCAGCAACUUCCUGAAGGCCAAGCAGAAGCCAGGCGGCACCACCAACCUGCAGCAGAAAAAGAGCCAGGCCCGCCUGGCUCCCGAGAUCGUGUCUGCUUCCCAGUACCGCAAAUUCGAUGAGUUCCAAACAGGCAUCCUCAUCUACGAGCUGCUGCAUCAGCCCAACCCGUUCGAGGUGCGGGCCCAGCUGCGGGAGCAGGACUACCGGCAGGAGGACCUGCCCCCGCUGCCCGCUCUCUCCCUGUACUCGCCGGGCCUGCAGCGGCUCGCCCACCUGCUGCUGGAGGCCGACCCCAUCAAGCGUAUCCGCAUCGGCGAGGCCAAGCGCGUGCUGCAGUGCCUGCUGUGGGGGCCCCGGCGGGAGCUGGUGGAGCAGCCGGGCACCUCGGAGGAGGUGCUGUGCGCCACGCUCGACAACUGGAUCGACAUGAAGCGGGCCCUGAUGAUGAUGAAGUUCGCGGAGAAGGCGGUGGACCGGCGGCGCGGGGUGGAGCUGGAGGACUGGCUCUGCUCCCAGUAUCUGGCGUCGGCGGAGCCCGGGGCCCUCUUACAAUCGCUGAAGCUCCUGCAGCUUCUGUAGGAGGCUCCCAACCCACUCCAUGCCCGACGCCCAUCCUCCCCCAUCCAUCCAUCCCCCCUUGGAAACAUCUGCGUCUCCUGGGAAAUGGUACAAAUGACUUUCGUACUUGGAUGUAAUAUAUAUAUAUAUAAGAUAUAAAUACAAAAGACUGAGGAUGGCAUUGCCCACUCUGGUCUGGCCUGCUCUCCUCCCCUAGUCUUGCAAUCCCACCCCCCCCCCCCCCACACACACACACAAUUUUACCUUUCUAGCUUAUUUCUAGCUUAUUGCAAGGUCGUGCAGCCAGCAGAAUGAAGCCUGGACUCUGGUCUCACUACCCCAUUAUGGGAUUGCUUUACCCUCUUGUCAUGUGGCUAUUUAAAAAACAAACAAGCAAGCAAACCUCCACUUUUAAUUAAAACUUUUGGUUGAAUCGUAAGUAAAGCUCUUUUAUUCUCAAGUGCCCAAGUGCGUUAAUACUUUUGGUGGGUAAAAUUGUUUUUAAGCCCCUGAAGCAGUGGCUUCAAGACCACUUGAACUGUCCUUGAGCUUACACUUCUGGUAAGAUGGGGCAACAGGCUGCAAGGGCCCCAGGCAUGUCAGGACCAGUUAACCUUCCCUGCCUCUCUCCCCACCUAGCAGGCUCUUAUAGGAAGAAUUCAGACAUAGCUGGUGUGAUCCCAGAGUUUCAGAAUUUAAUCCCACUGCUUGAAAUUCAUUUCCAGUUUGCUAAAGCUGGUUAUCAUUUGUAUCAGAAGCCUGGCUGAAAGCAGAAGCCACUCCAGAUGGUUCAAAUGACAAGAACUUAACAGGGGACCACUUAGACAGUUGUGGGCAGGAUUAAGAGAAAAACAAAGGAUGAUGAGACAGAAGUAAGGGCUGGAAUGGGGAGGAUUCACUCAACCUGUUUCCCACCUUCCAUCCCCAGGCCAAGACCAGUGAGACGCCAAACGGCAAGGGGGCCUGGGUGACGCAGUUGGCAGGAUCAGCCUCCCUGGGCCGGGUUGGGAAGAAUGGUCAGUGCCAGGUGAAAAACAGCCCACUGUUACUGCUGUCUUAGAUAAGGACAGGGCAAGAAUACAACUCAGGUGUUCCCACUUUCAGACCUCUAGUCCCCCUGCUGUUUGAAGCUCCUUUGGGUUUCCAUUUUCAAAAACUCAUUCAGGCCUUUCUCACCCUCUGAGAUGGCCCACACUCUGUCUGUAGAGUGUGUUUCUCUCUAAAUAAAUCCACUUCU